AGGUUUCCGUUCGGAGACCACUUGUCAGUUAGGGUCGAACCAUCAACCGUUAAGCUUCGAACUGGUGUUGGCCAUCCAAAAUGGUGCGGGCUCUUUGGUUCAGUGUAGUGCUGUUGCUAGGUUGCCUGGUUGCUGGCUCAGUAGGCGACGAAGUUCGUCGAACUUACGACAGUGACCAUCAACAUAAGAGAUCUGCACCGAAGAAUACUCGAGCUGUACCUGGAUAUGAGGAAGUUGAAACGACUUCGGAACAUUGGUGGAACCAGGCCCAGAACACCCUACGAAGUAAGUUGGAUCUCAAAGCCAGUGCAAAUAAGGCGAAGAAUGUGAUAUUUUUCAUUGGUGAUGGAAUGUCGCCUCAGACUACGGCGGCAACCCGGAUGUAUCUGGGCAAUGAAAACAAAAAACUCUCGUUUGAAGAGUUUCCGUAUUUGGCUACGGCUAAGACCUAUUGCGUCGAUCGACAGGUAGCGGAUUCAGCCUGUACGGCAACGGCGUACCUUUCCGGGGUGAAAACCAACUACGGAAUGAUCAACGUUUCUCCCAGUGUUCCUCGGUACAACUGCAACUACAACAGAACCGAGGCGGAGUUCCACGGAUUGUUGCAAUGGGCUCAGGAAGCUGGAAAAGCAACUGGAGUAGUGACUACGACCCGUAUUACUCAUGCCUCACCUGCCGGAGCUUACGCCAACAUUGCCAACCGUGAUUGGGAAGAUGAUUCAGGUGUUCUGGGCAGCAGCUGUGACCCCACCAAGUACCCAGAUAUUGCGCAGCAAUUAGUUCACGGAGAUGUUGGCAAAAAGGUCAACGUCUUCCUAGGAGGUGGUCGCAAACAUUUCAUCCCGGAAACAGCUACGGAUGAAGAAAACCAACCCGGAAAAAGGAAAGACGGUCGCAACCUGAUCAAUGAAUGGAAGGAAACUCACCCCUCGAGUCAGUACGUGUGGAACAAAGCCGGACUAAAAGCUGUCGAUCUCACCAAAACAGACUACCUGUUAGGACUGUUCGAAAACGAUCACUGUCGAUACAAUUUGCAUAUCGACGAGCAUCAACUGAACGAUAAAGAGCCAAAGCUAUCGGAGAUGACCGAAACAGCUAUUAAGAUGCUUGCCGGUAAGUCCAAGGAAGGAUUUGUGCUGUUCGUCGAGGGAGGACGUAUCGAUACGGCUCAUCAUGAGUCGUUUGUCAAACUGGCUCUGGAAGAGACGGCAGAAUACUCGAGAGCGAUUGCGCUGGCCCGGGAAUUGACUUCCGUGGAAGAUACGCUGAUCGUGGUUAGUGCCGAUCAUAGCCAUACCAUGACAUACAAUGGAUACACGAAACGUGGCCAAAACGUCUUGGGCAUUGCGGACAUUAGCGGUGUGGACAAUCUACCGUACAGCACUCUGAGCUACGCCAACGGAGAAGGUUUCUAUCUGGCCUACAAGGACGGAAAUCCAGCCGAACGGUUGGACAUUAGCAGCUACAAUUUCGACAGUUCCGAUCAGAAAUAUAUCGCCACCGUUCCACUGAGUGCGGAAUCCCAUGGAGGGGAGGAUGUGGACGUAUUUGCCAGUGGCCCGGGAGCUCAUCUUUUCCAGGGUAAUCUAGAACAGAGUGUGCUGCCGCACCUGAUGGCUCAUGCGGCAGAAAUUGGUCACUACCGGAAGAAUGAAGACGAGGAUGACGAUGAUGAUGACGCGGGUUCGUCUUUGGUCGUUUGUGUGCAAACUAUUGUGGUGUGCCUUUUGGCAGCGUUCAUUAAACGUUUUUAGUUUAGUUCUUAGAUUGUAAGAAUGAAGUGAUUUUAUAAUGUUAAACAAAUAAAAAGACACAAGGUCAACAAAGGUUUUUAAUAAUACAGUUAG